CACCAGGGCCGAGUUCGUCAAGAUGGACGGCUCUUUGUAAGAGCGCCGUAGUUGUGACCAGAACGCCGCAAUUUUACAUGAUCGCGUAUUCUUUCUGGGCUUACUGCUUUUUCCUGGAUACAUACCUUACAGUGAUCGUAGACUAUUGUGUAGAUAGCGGAGUGGACCAAGGUGACGCGCUGCAUGUGCUCACUUUUUUCUCGGUGACAGACGCUCUGUGUAGGCUCGUAAUCCCACUCCUUACUGACUGCAACGUACUCUCCACUCCCGUGCUCUUAGCCGGCUCUUACUUUGUAGCCUCGGUGCUCGCUGGCGGCCUAGCCUUCCUAACGGAGAAGAUAGGCUUUUGGAUGGUCGCGCUGGCCUUGGGGCUACCUUGCGGCUACAUCAACGUUGGCCUCUCGGAAAGUUUGUCAACGGCAGCUGGAGGAGAGAACUUGCCUAUGGCUCUCGGCUUCAUGUCUGCCGCUGCGGCAGUGGGGUCCUUCACGACGCCCACCCUCAUAGGCUUAUUUCGGGACAUGUGGGGCUCCUACGACGACCUUUUCUUCAUCAUGGCCGGGGCACUGAUGGUCGCUUUUGCUUUAUUUGCUGGACUUUCAGUGAUCAAUCUAAUGAAAUCGAAAAAGUUCACGAUUUCGCGGUAG